AAUUCAUGAAUCAUACUGACAAUUCACAAUUUUUUUCUAGAAGCCCUGGGAGACGGAUGUGUGUCGAACUUUCUUUGAAAAUUAAGAAAUAAAACCACUAAUUGUAAUCACGAAUCUUUACUCACGCAAAGACCAAACGCACCCGGUAACUACGAGUUCGAACAACAAGCAAUUCCAGUUUUGGAAUCAUAUCCGCACGGAACAGUUUCGAUUCGAAUUGAUCCAUUUUCCACGGACAGCCAUUGUGAAAAAGUGAAGCUGAGAGCUAGCUGCUGAUGACGAGCACCAUCUAUUCAACGUCUGUAAACCAGACAAGCUGAAACUUGGUAGAGAUAGCUGCAGUGUGCGGUGAAAUACAGUCGAAUCUGCUAGGAUUUAGGUAACAAUAUUUUCGCUACUAAAAGUGUAAAACUAGCCUGCCAAGACUCGUAAUCGAAUAUCACAUAGGCUGCAAAGUGUGUUAAAGUGUGUGUGUGUGAAGCGCAAUAGUGCAGUGGUAGUGGUGAAACGAAGGAAGGCCGUGUUGCCAGUUAUUCUACUAUGUGACGUUUGAGCGAUCGAUUCGCGUUUUUAGCAGUGUGAUCUUUGUUUUGGUUUUACUUCGCUUCUCGACCAAAAAUAACACCGAAUUUCCCUAGAAGGCAUACAUUUUGUAGUGAAAAGUGAGAGCAUAUGCGCAUUGUUUGUCUUGCAUUUAUUAUGUUGAAUUCAUUCACGGUGCCGCUUUAAGUUUCAAUGUUUUGAUAAACGAUUUGGCAAAAUGUUCUCUGUGCAAUGUUUUGUUCGUUAACCGAGCGGGGUAGAGAAAAUAUGGUGCGUCAACUAGAUGGUUGUUGUGAUUUAAGUUUAAAUUCAUCGAUACCGACGACGAUUCGUACUUGAAUGAGAGAAAAUUUCCAAUGUGCGAAAGGGGUUUUGAGUGUUCGUGGAGUAAAAUAAAAGCUAGUAAGAAAGUGCUAAUAGGCAUACACUGACGCAUGAAAAUAGCCAGUUUUCUGUUGUAUUUAUAAAUAAAACAAAGUGCUGGGAGGGAACCAGCUGAUCGACGAUUAGCUUUCGUUUGAAGUAGGUGUAAGGCGGUGUAUAUUACGUGCACCACACCAGAACACGAACUGGAAUUUGAAUGCAAACAGCCAAGUUAUUUCCCUAUUCAAUACCAACGCAUAUAAAAAGGACUCAACUAAACAUACUUUUAUCUCAGAAAUAUAUCUGACCAAAUAUACCUGAAAAAAAAAUCGGCUGUAAGGAUAACAUUCUGGCCGUUAUCGACAGCGUUAUCCAUCACAAAAUCGAUUACCCAUUCAAAGUCACGGCAGCGAUAGUAGCUUCCACCGAUCAAGAAUAAGAUUUGUGGUAUAGGGGUAUGGUAUAUUUUCUGGGUGAUUGGGGCAUGGGAGAUAUUGAACGUACUACGGCGCAACAUGUCCCUACAAAUCUGCAGCAACUCAAUUUCCACAACCAUACCAGUAGCCAUCAGCAGCAGCAAUCGCAACAGCAACAUGAACAUCAGCUUCAGCAGUCGCAAUCUGCACAGUACAACAAUGUUGCCCAACAGCUACAACUGCAGCAACAAUCGCCGCAACAUCAGUCCCAUCGUUACGAACGGUCGAAUGUUGCCGGUGCUUUCCAUGUAACGAAAAGUGACAAUCUCUCCACGUACUUUAAAGAGGUUCAGCAACAACAACGGGCUCAGCAGUUUGAAGUUCUACAGAAUAACGGCAAACACAUCAACGGCAGCUUUCAGCAACACCUUCUGCGUACCGGAUCUGGAGAACAUCAUGAACAAGAGCACCACCAUCAAUUGCAGACUCUACCAUUUCACCACCAUAACCAGCUUCAACAGCAAAAGCACCAGCAACAUUCACACCACGAUGUCGAAAGUGACGAGGACGAGAUCGCCCUGUAUCCUCUCAACAAUCAGGUUGGCGGACAUACGAGGCUUCUGUUGCUAAAUCAGAGCACUGUGAUCAAGCCCCUUAACCUUCGAGAACUUGAGUUCUACCAAAACAUUCCCAGCGAUAUACAGCAGUUCGUUCCAAAGUACAGAGGUGUUAUGCAAGCAACUACCAUGGGUGGUUCUAAGCUUGAAAAACGCUAUUCACCCAGCUUCCGGGAUGAUCCUGUACGAAAGACUGCAGCAUCGAAAAGAAAGCGUGAAGAAGUGCUACGGAUGAAAAUACAUAAAAAUGGAAUACCUUCCGAAGUGUUAAAAAGUAUUGCACAGAUAGACAACUCUAAUAAACAAUAUUUUUUGAUGCUGGAAAAUAUAACUUCCGCUUAUCGGAACCCAUGCAUACUGGAUCUGAAGAUGGGCACCCGACAGCACGGUGAUGAUGCGUCGGCAGAGAAACGUAGCAAGCAAAUGGCCAAAUGUGCGGCCAGUACUUCGGCGUCGCUUGGAGUACGGCUUUGUGGCAUGCAGGUUUAUCAGGCAAAUCUUGAUCAUUACAUGAAGCGAGACAAGUACUGGGGCCGUGAACUCACCGAGGACGGCUUCAAAGGAGCGCUACACAACUUCUUCCAUAAUGGCUACCGGUUACGGGUGAAGGUUAUUGCGAAGGUGCUAGGCAAAUUGGAGCAGUUACGACGGGUUAUCGAGAAGCAGUCGAGUUAUCGCUUUUAUUCCUGCUCGUUGUUAAUUGUUUAUGAAGGAUUCGAAGAGAUGCCCACACCUAAUACCAAUGACUAUCAUUUGCUGGAAACGGAAUCAAACUCCUGCUGCUAUGAUGCGGACGCUUCGAACAGCUCAAUUGAGCAGUACCUGUUGUCCUCUUCAAACGAGGAAUCUCCAAUACCGUCGAACAUCACCGCGUGUGUAGAGCAACGUCGUAAAUCAUCGUCUAUGGCCUCGGCAAUAGCUGCAAUGGCAGCGGCAACAAAGGCUACUACGCUUACCACUACAGCAACCGCCACUCCUACCAUGCUGCCACCACCGGUAAUAGCUGCUCGUGUUGAUGAUAGUACAAGCCGAGGCAUUUUCGACGAUCAUCACUUCCGCAGCGUUGUAACGGACGAUGAUAAUAACCGGCAAAGGCGGAUCAACAGUAACCCCAGCUCGCACGAUGCCCUUACUCCCGAAACCAAGAUAAUUCCUUUUGUUCCGAUAUCGGAAGAAACGAUCUACCCUGGGGGACCUACGGAUGAAAGGUCAUCGUCGCCAAGUGAUGCCAUUCCUAUGCCGACUGCUGGAUCCUGUGCGGUACAAGGGCUCACGAGUUCCAGUCCACACUCGAUGGAUUCAUGGAUGAACUACAGCAGUAACAGCAACAGCAGUAGCGACGAUUAUGCUUCUGCCUUUGUGGUGCCGAACCAUCUGCAAAGUUCUUCUGCAGUCCAACCAGAUGCUGGCUCUGAUUUCGAAGUUAACUUCGAUGGGGAAGGCGUUUGUGAUCCAAUCGAUAAAAAAGACCACAGAAUGGCAAACGCCGGUGUAGUGGAUUUUAGUACCAGUAUUAAGUUCGGUCACAACAAGCUCGUGGAGCAGAGCAGCAAUAUUAGUAAUAACAACAGCACACCGAAUGGUACUAAUCCUAGGGACAACCACGGUGCAAGGAUGGAGAUGACGGAAGAUGUGCAUAGCGGAGUGGAACUUUCAAGCACGUUCGAGGAAGGGCAGCAUGACAACUCCGACGCUGGCUACCACGAGGACGAAGAGGUGGACGAUGACGAUGAGGAAGAGGGCGAGGUGGAUGAUGAAGAGGAGCGACAAUUGCUUCGACAAAAACUGUUGUCAAGCAACAGUUCCAAACGGCUUCGUGGCAAAGACAGUUGUUGUGCAGCUGGAUCUGUUGGUCCCGGUGGCAACAGCAUUGCCAAUAGCAACAGACCAAGCGACGGUCCCUGUGCGAUACCGUUACGGCGUAAACUUAGCUCCAAAUCGAAGUCUGGAUCACUGGGAGGUGGAGCGGGUAUUGGUAUGGGUGCCGGUUCAUCCGGAGGGACGUUGGCGGACGUACGCAUGAUUGAUUUUGCGCACACGACCUUCGAGAUUAAGAACGGCGGUGCAUCGCUGUGCAGCAGCACAAAUAUUAAGGUUCAUCAUGGACCCGACAGCGGGUUCCUACGUGGCCUCGAUAGCCUAAAGCGCAUCCUGUCUGAAUUAUGCGAGGAGUACUACUGAAGCUGCCAAAGAUGGCAAAGACAUGAAGCGGGCACAUAGUGCUACUAGCAUGGACUUGAUGGAGCUGUUUAUAGGUAGUGUAGGGAAUGGAAGAGCAAGCGCUUGUGCUACGGCUCAAGUACAGUUACGUGCAAUUCACGAUAUAACCGGUUAGUAAAAAGAUCGUGCGCCAUCGAUCACCAAUUCCGAACUCACAUUAAAGUGAUGUUUUUAGCUGAUACCUUCAAGUUGUUUUACAUAUGAUUUUUUUUUUAAAUUGAAAUCUCUAAAAAUAUUCAUUGGGAUAUUUGUCAAUUCUUCUUCUGAUCAGUUUUGUAUGAUUUUUAUGAAUGCGUUAUUUUGCCAUAGAGAAAAAAACCAACAAUACUGUACCGUAAUAAUGGUUUCCCGCUCUACGGUGUACUGCAGAUGUGAACUGGUCGGCAGGAUUGUUGUAUCGCCAUAUAGUGCGAUUAAAGCUAGGAUUGAUAUUCAUAAUCUCGCCAACGAUAGCUCGGACGACGUGAUAGAAAGGUGUAAUAGGGUAGCAAACGGUAAUAGGAGUUAGCAAAGAUCGCAUAUAGCUAUUCCGCUCGCAAGCUAUACGAUAGUGUAAUGGUAUGACAAACUACAUAUUUGUUGUUGUAACCAAAGCAAAUCACUGGGACGCAACGUAAUGGAAAUUAUGAAGGGAUAUUGUGAUACUGUGAAGCAUUUGUUUUGUCGGCUCUCAAAACUCAACAAAAGCCACCUAGCCCCACCCCUAUUAAGUUAACGUUAGUUUCAAUUCGUUCAAUAUAUUUCGUAUGUUUUAAAUGUUAUAUGUCGCAUGUAUCGUAAACAGUUUCAUGUGUGUAUUUAAGUGAAGAUAAAGGUGGUUUAAAAUAUGAUAGUACAAUCUUGUAAAUGUUUUACUUUUUCUCCAGCCUCCCUUGAUGUGUAUUCUCGUUUUGUCGUAAGCCCGUUUCGGCUACUUUUGGUGAAUGAAGUGAUAAAUUAGUAGCUUACGACUUUCAACCACAAUAUUGCUAUUAGUUUUGUACUUAUCUUGCAGGCUCAUAUAUUAAAGGAAUGAAUUUGAAUAAAUUGUACACUUCAUUUCCGUGUUAGGAAGUAUAUAAGGACAAAGUUCCAAUUUCAUUCUAGGCAACACAUUUAAUUGAUCCCUGAAUUAUAGCACGUUCGCGGCUGAACAAAAGCGGUUGUAUAGUGCAAGAGGGAGAAAGUCGUUCAACAUACACAUACGCAUACACCUGCAGUACAAUCAGCAAAGGUCGAUAUAGAUUUUUUUAUUCGUCAAUUCGCUUAUCGGCCAGUGGUAUAUGGUUUAGCAUUAAAUACAGGUUCAGAAUGCAAAUCAAAUGGUCCCUCCAUGUAUUGUCCAAAGAGAUUAAUCAACAUACGAAGAAGGAAAAGCAUUAUAACAAAUUAACCAUGGUUGUUGUAGAGUCCUUUCGACAGAUGGGAUUGUACCGUUAAAAGGAAAAAUAGCACACAUACUUUAGAUUGGACCGUUUGUCUAUCCUCCCUUUUCACGUUAGUCAGUAUUAUUAUAUCUGCUGGAUAUGGUAAACUGUUGUGAGUAGAUCUCGUUAUCUUGGUAUCUAAUAAUGCUAUCCUUGUUGUUAUGCAGAAAAUCCGUAGAGUUGCACAAAAUAAAUUGUACUUUUUAACAAACAAAAAAACAUGCUACAAGAAACAGGCAAACGAGUGGACGAACGUUGUAUAAGCGUUUAUGUACGAAAAAAUACACAUUCAAGCUCUACUUGUAUUGCGUCAAAUUCCUUACAAUGAGGCCGCUAUUUUUACUUCCAUUAAGCAAUGUGUACGUUUGGCAAUUGUCUAACCGUGUUUAAUUUAGCUCCGGUUCCUUCGCUUAAAACAAAAACAAAUGUUGCAAAAGUCUUUCAAAUCGUUGGCCCAGUAAUUCGUACGAAUAUCGACAGUUCCACACACGACUUGAAACACACUUGUUGCCAUCACUUUGUAAGUCGCUGCAAGUCGCUACCCAUCGGUACACUGCUCCUCGCUUUUGUAAUGUGUAAGGAUGUGUAAUUUAUUGUCACAAAAUAUGGAAAUAAUCAUUACUUUUAAUCGCACAUGUAUAUUGCAAUAGUUAAGAAAAUGUAAUGCAAGCCAUCAAAUGUGAACAGCAGCACAACCAUCAACCAAGCGAUAACAAACAUGAAGAAGAUGUGUACAAAUUACAUGUCGAUUAGUGUGCUGUAUUAUUGUGAUGGACUAUAGUAAAGACUUGUUUCUGCCGUUCUUAAAAUUGUUUGGGAACAAUGUUACCAAAAACUAAUCGAAUACAUGUUAGCAAUACUGAUUGGUACCACAGUUUCAUUGGUCUGCAGUGAUCGGCAGUAUUUUGCAAUUCCAUUGUUCCUGCUGUCGAAAGCAAGUGAAAUGAUUUGUCCAGUAAAAUUUGUAUGUAACGAAUUAGAAAGUGUUGGCUAAUAGAAAUCGUUUCAAAGCAACUUUCUUUGUUUUUGGAUAGCGGAAGCGAAAAGAAAAUCCGUCAAAUAUUAAUGCUCUUAACAGUUAUUAUUACAGGAGAAGGUUUGCAUUUUAACGAAAGUUUUUUGCUGCAAAUUGAACGGCUUUGCAAAAUUAAAACCAGAACAACAAAACACAACAUUUGCAUAUAAAUAUUGCGAUUGAAAAAGUAACAGUAAAAAAACAGACAUACAAAACAACCGAAACAAUUGUGUGAUCGUUUUGUGUUAAUUAACGGUGGAAGGUGAUGUAUCGCGGAGAAGAAAAAUGGAUUAGUAAACGGCAUAUUUAUUUGUAACAAAACUAAACAAAGAAGAUAAAAAAAAUUAAACCAUCUUGGAAGACAAAUUUCUGCCAAUGCUGAAAGUGUCUGUAAACGAGAAAACAAAACAAAAAAAAAUACUUGAAUUGCAGGAUGAACAGGGCGAAAAAGAUAUGAAAAUUAUGAAAUAACAAAAAAAAAGUAGCAUUAACAUACAUUGAUUUGAAAGACCUGAAUAAAGAUUUAAUCAUUUUGAAA